AUGGAGGAGCGCUCCAGCGAGGAUCCGGAGGUACGGAAGGCGUUCUCCGACGGAAUCCUUCACAUUCUGCGCCCACUGUCGUCGGCACUCGACGCUGCCUCGGUGCGCUGCGAUUCGGGUGACUCGGCCGGACGCCGCAGUGCCAUCUCGGAACCGUUCUCCGACCUGGACGAGUCCUACAUCCUGCUGGACCAGCGAGCCAAGCAACCGGGCAACGAUGACGACGGCGACAUGAUGCUGUUGAACCAGUUUACGGCCGAGUUCCGGGAAGUGUACGAGCAACUGCUUCGCGAGCACCAAGAACCGGAGCCUGAGGAUGAGUUCGGCGUCGGUGGCGACGACGCGCAAGAUUUAUUGUCGCCGGGUGCCACAGGUGACGACUGGCCGGCCGGGCUCCAGACGCCCGAGUUUCAGGCCUUCGUCGAGGAGAUGCUUCAACAGUGUAACCUAAAGUACCACCUGGAGGAGAAGCGGGCCCGGCACGAGCAGGCCGGCCGCGGUGGCCGCGGGCGCCGGGUGCGCAAAGUUCAGCCGAUCGAUCCGAAGGACCAGCUGGAACCGGCCGAACGUGACUCGCUGUCCGGGGUGUGGUGCAUGCUGGACGCGGUCUCCGAACCGAACGGGUUCCCCGUCACCGACGGGCCGUACGAUCUGUACGAGGACCCGCGCUUCGAGUGGCUGCUCCGCGAGAACAUUCCCUGGCAGCGGCUGGAGGCGUCGCGCCAGAAGUGCGAACAGUGGCUCAAGGUGGGCCCCGGCGCCGCGAAGACGGACGAGAAACCGACCGACCGACAGCGGACCGUUUCCGGACAGCGCCGUGGCUGGUAG